AUGAAAUAUCUGGGCCUACCCCUGACUGCUAAAAGACUCUCAUACACUGACUGUUCUAGUCUUAUUGGUAAAAUUUACAAUCAGUUUCAAACCUGGCAACAAAACAAAUGCCUGACCUAUGCUGGAAGACUUGAACUGAUUAAGUCUGUUAUUUUGGGCAUUCAAACAUAUUGGCUAAGCAAUUAUAUCCUCCCAAUCAAAGCUUUGGAAAAGAUUGAUAGUUUGUGUUCUGCCUUCCUAUGGGGGCACAAAUUUCACUUAGUUAACUGGGGUUCUGUUUGUCAAGGCAAGGAAUAUGGGGGUCUGGGCAUUUUCUCAGCUAAAUACUGGAACUAUGCAGCUGCCACUAAGCUUUUGUGGUUGAUUCAUCUUAAAAAGGAUCUCCUAUGGAUCAAGUGGGUACAUGGCAACUAUCUUCAAAAUCAAAAUGUUUGGACUGUUCAACCCAAGACAAAUGACUCAUGGAUGUGGAGGCAACUUCUUAAAAUGAGGGAUAUGCUUGUGAGUAAAUUUGGGAAUGUUGUUACUGCUAGAAUAGCAGAUUGUUGCUCUGAUGGCAAGCUUCUCUUAUCUGCAGUUUACAGUGUUCUUCUACAACCUACUAAUGCAGUUGCUUGGGCUAAAACGGUUUGGGAUGGCUUUCUAUACCCUAAGCACUCCUUUGUGCUUUGGCUAGCUUGUCACUCUAGACUUCUUACCAAGGAUAGACUGUGCAGAAUGAACAUUUUGAGCACAAAUCAACUUUACUGUGUGCUGUGUGACAGACACCAGUUAGAGACUAGAGAUCAUAUCUUAUUUGAAUGUCAAUAUUCAGGGGAAGUAUGGAACUUGGUGAUGAGCUGGUUGGGAUAUAAAUGGAGGUCCUGCACAUGGGACUUGUUAUUGCACUGGUACUCUCAAAAAUUGAAAGGAAAAAGUCCUAUGAAGAAGCUGAAAAGGAUGUGCUUAUCUGCUGCUGUAUACAUGAUUUGGAGGGAGAGAAAUCUAAGAAUUUUUCAAGACAAGAAGAGGCUACCUGCUCAAGUUUUCAGAGACAUAAAGCUUUCGAUUUUUUGUAAAAUUCUAAAUGAUAGUUCACAUGUACAUAUGAAAUAA